GCCGCCCCGGGGAAGAUGAGGACGAGGAAGCUGCUGUGUCUGGCGGAAAAGGUCUGGGUGGACAAGCACAGGUACGACGAGGCGGAGCGGCUCCACUAUGAGCGGGAAGCGACUCUGGCAGCUGCCGCCGCCGGGCGCCACCAAGAGCCGGUGGCCGUGAACGGCUUCUGCCACGACGGUCCUGGCGAGGAAGAGCCGAAAGGAGAGCUGUGCCGAGCCGGGAGCGGCAGGAAGCACAAGAGGAGGAGGUGUUCUCCCAGAUACGGCUGUCUGGAGCCCCGAGUGGACAUCGUCCUGACAGGGCUGUUAGCUGACCGCGUGUGGUUUGACAAGCCUCUCUUCGAUCAGGCGGAAGCCGUCUACUGGAAGAAGCUUGCGGAUGCGUUUUUGCAGGCGGUUUCCAAGACGCCCCGGGCUGCUGAGCUGUCUGCCUUGGUGCCCUGGUCUGAGGUUGAGCCUCAGGCGGGCCUCCGGCCGAGAAGGAACCUGUCGGUCUUUCAGUGCUCUCACGGCAGCCUGAUCGCUUGCCAUCACCUGAUCCAGGACGUUUGGGUCAACAAGGUCAGCUUCGACGACGCGGAGAAGACGUUCCUCGAAAAAUGCGAGUCGAUUGCUCUCCCGCAGGCCCUUCACCUCCCCUCGGUUCCCUCGACAUUUCCUGGCGUCUCUCCUGGCGAUUUGAACCAGACGGUGAAUGGCAAACCUCAGAUGGCCGGCUUACAGGCUCUGGUUUCGGAGGUCUGGCUCGAGAAACCCAUCUACGACGAUGCGGAAAGAAGCUUCUAUGCAAACAUGUUCGACGGGCACCCUCCCGGAAAGGUGAGGUUGCAGGAACGCGGGCGGCCAGAGUCCCUGAAGAGGGGUCGCAAAGACAAGAAGAGUCGGAGUGCGGGCAAGAGGGGGAAUUCUACCGCCUCUGCUACUGUACCUCAAGAUUUUUCUCAUGUGCCGUCCACCUGGUAUUUCAUGCACAAGGACAGUGAAUCUUUGUGGCUCAGCAAGCCCGUGUACGACAGCGCCGAAGCACAGUACUAUGCAGCUGAGGCCUUGAAACUGGCCAGCGACCAAGAGGAUGCAAGGAUGUCUGGAACCGCGCUCCCAAAGGAACCAUCGCCUUCACCCCGGCCUUCAAGUGCACCAGAGCCUAAUGCUAAAAUGGCAACCAACUUCCUGAUGCACGAGAAGAUCUGGUUCGAUAAGUUCAAGUACGAUGAUGCCGAGAGGAGGUACUACGAACAGAUGAACGGUCCUGUCUGUGGCCCCUCGUGCCAGCAGGAGAACGGAGCCAGCACGAUCCUCCGCGACAUUGCCAGAGCCAGGGAGAAUAUCCAGAAGUCGCUGGCCGGAAGCGCGAGUGGUGCCUCUUCAGCAGGGCCCUCCGGAGACCAAAACGAGCUGGUAGCCAGGAUCGCAAGCCUCGAGGCCGAGAAUCAGAACCUGCGGAGCGUGGUUUCGGAUCUCCAGCUUGCCAUCUCCAGACUGGAAACUCGCCUGAGCGUGCUGGAGAAGGCCUCUACCUCUCAUCACCCUUCCCAGACGCCGCCCACGCAGCUUGUCACUCCCAUGAAGAAAGUCGAGCCGCUCCCUGCCCUCUCAAGGAAAGUAGAGGUGGCCGCGACUUCGCUUGCAAGGCAGGCCGAGCCCCCUGCUCUCGAGGAGGAGGAGGACGACGAUAUUGACCUGUUCGGCAGCGACGACGAGGAGGAAGACCAGGAGGCUGCCCGAGUCCGGGAGGAGCGGCUCCGGCAGUACUCGGAGAAGAAGUCCAAGAAGCCCGGCCUGAUCGCCAAGUCCUCCAUUCUCCUGGACGUCAAGCCUUGGGAUGAUGAAACCGACAUGGCCAAGAUGGAGGAGUGUGUCCGAACCAUUCAGAUGGACGGCCUAGUCUGGGGAGCCUCCAAACUGGUCCCGGUCGGCUACGGCAUCAAGAAACUCCAGAUCCAAUGUGUGGUGGAGGACGACAAAGUUGGGACAGAUAUACUGGAGGAGGAGAUCACCAAAUUUGAAGACUAUGUGCAAAGUGUUGACAUAGCAGCCUUCAACAAAAUAUAACGGCAAACCUUUACACUUUCUAAAGCCAAUAAAAGGUCAGGAGUUGGAGAGCAGAGCAAAA